AUGACAUCGUCCAUCUUCAACUAUCGUUGGGAAAAUGGUCGUCGUUACCACGCCUAUCGCGAUGGAGAGUACUGGUGCCCGAAUGACGAAGGCGCAAGCGAACAGCUCGAUCUGGGCCACCAUAUCUAUCUAAUGCUUCUCGACAACAGACUAUUUCUUGCUCCAAUCAACCGGAACCCUCAAAGGGUGUUGGAUAUCGGCACGGGCACCGGCAUAUGGGCCAUCGACUUUGCGGACCAAUUUCCCAGCGCGCAGGUCAUCGGCACCGACCUGUCGCCCAUGCAGCCUCUAUACGUCCCACCAAACCUACAAUUCGAGAUCGACGACGCCGCCGCCGACUGGACCUUUCCCAAGGAGUCUUUCGACUUCAUCCACGUGCGCGGCCUCUUCGGCAGCCUCCGCGACUGGCCUGCGUUCUAUCAGCAGGUGCUCGCGCAUCUCAAACCCGGCGGGUGGUACGAGCAGCUCGAAUGCUCCUGCUACUGCCACGCCGACGACGAUACGACGCCUCCCGGCUCGCCGCUGGCGCGCUGGGGCCAGCUCUUCACCGAGGCCGGCAAACGAUCGGGCAAGACACUAGACGUCAUCGAUCAUCAGUACCAGUGGAUCCAGGAAGCCGGAUUCGAGCAUGUCCGAGAACAUCGCUUUAAAAUGCCGGAUGGGCCUUGGCCGUCGGCGAGGACGGAGGAGGGGAAGAAGCUGAAAGAGAUCGGGAAGUGGAGGGUCCUGGAGAUGGACGCCGGCGUCGAAGGCUGGGCCAUGGCGCUGUUCACGAGGGUGCUGGGCAUGUCGUAUGAGGAGGUGCAGGUGUAUCUGGCCCAGGUGCGCCGGGAUUGGAGGGAUAAGAGCGUGCAUAGCUAUACGCGCGUGAGCGUCGUUUACGGCAGGAAACCUUAUGUGUAA